AUGAGCCCUCCUCACGCUCAGCAAUCCCAUAGAGCGUACACAGAAUUGGGAGGUGAAGAGCUAUUGCAAGCCAUGCGGCUUAUAAAUCCAGCAGUACUGGCGACAUUAUCGCUGGUUAUUUUCGUGAUUUUUGUCCAAGUGUCAAACUGUGAAGAUGAACAAAAAGCAUUCACCCCAAAGAUAAAAAGACCAAGAUUGAGGUUCCGGCCACAAGACCGCGUGCUCAAAACCUCGCCGAAAGACCGCCUGAUAUCGAGGUCCAAGGACGGAGAUGUCGACGAAGACGAGGAUAACCUAACGAGUGCUAGUGACAGAGAGGACAGGCAAGUUGCUAAUCCAUUGCGAACCAGGAAAAGAGUGCGAAGGCCCAUUAUCAAUUCGUCCUUAAAAUCCUCAUUAUCCACCUCCAAUGAUGAUGAUGAUGACAAUGCACAAAGCUCCUCGAGAUUUGCUCCAAGUCGAGGAGGUUUCGGCUUAAAUCGACCGACGGACGAUGACGAAGACAACACUCAAGACUCUUUUGUGUCCAGUAGCAAUCGAUUUUCGUCUUCCUCCUCCAAGUCGAGCUCGGAUCGGAAUUCAUUGUCCCCCAAACUCACCACCCCGAAAGAUAAUGGAUACAAAGUGGUUUGUUACUACACGAAUUGGUCUCAAUACCGACCAACCAUUGGCAAGUUCUAUCCCAAAGACAUUGAUCCUUUCCUAUGCACGCACUUGAUUUUUGCCUUCGGUUGGAUCAAAGGAGGAAAACUGACUUCAUUUGAAUCCAGUGACAUUGCAGCCGAUGGAAAAUCUGGGCUCUACCAGAGGGUUCUGGCUCACAAGGCCACCAAUCCCAAACUGAAGGUGCUCCUGGCCAUUGGUGGAUGGAGCUUCGGUACUUCCAAGUUCAAAUCCAUGUCCGACACUAGAUUCUCUCGCCAAACCUUUAUCUUUUCGGCCAUUCAGUUCUUGCGCAGACACAAUUUCGAUGGUCUUGACAUGGAUUGGGAAUAUCCAAAGCAAGCCGACAAGCAGAAUUUUGUGGCUUUACUCAAGGAACUACGUGAAUCGUUUGAGUUCGAGGCCGCUGAAACUGGUAAUGAGCGUCUGCUCCUGAGUGCGGCGGUUCCCGUUGGUCCCGAUAACGUGAGAGGAGGCUACGAUGUUCCAAGCGUUUCCAAAUGGCUGGACUUUGUCAAUUUGAUGGCCUACGAUUUCCACGGCAAAUGGGAAAAGCAAACCGGACACAAUGCUCCCCUGUAUGCUCCUUCGUCCGAUUCAGAGUGGCGGAAGCAACUGUCUGUAAGCUUUGCCGCAGAAAUGUGGACUCGGUUGGGAACACCGAAAGAAAAAUUGGUCAUUGGAAUGCCAACCUAUGGCAGAUCCUUCACACUCAGCAAUCCCGGUCAAUACAUCGUGAAUUCACCCGCCAAGGAUGGUGGAAAAGCAGGCGAAUACACACGGGAGGCAGGAUUCUUGGCCUACUAUGAGGUGUGUCAAAUGCUAUUGAAGGGAGCGAGUUAUGUUUGGGACGACGAAAUGAAAGUACCCUACCUGGUUGAUGGAGAUCAAUGGGUUGGAUUUGACGAUGAGCGGUCGAUUCGCUACAAAAUGGAUUGGAUCAAAACCAAUGGUUAUGCCGGUGCUAUGGUCUGGUCCGUAGACAUGGAUGACUUCAAUGGUACAGUGUGUGGAAGCGGGGUCAAAUAUCCUUUGAUAGGCGCUAUCCGAGAAGAGCUUUUAGGAAUUCCCAGAGAUACAGUCGCUCCCGGAAUUGAGGCGGCAGAUAUUGAUUGGGAGUCGGUAGCCUCUGCCCCGCCUCUCAUUUCGGCCACCACAUUGCCACCCGCGUCAAGAAUUAGUAUCCAAGAUCUCCUUAAGCAAGCCAAGGGUUCGAAAUCUUCAAGCAACCUACCAUUUCUUCUGCAGAACUCCGUACCGGACAAUCUUCGAGCUCCUCGAGUGUUUUGCUACUUCACCAAUUGGAGUUACAAACGUCCUGGCAUGGGAAAGUUCACGCCGGAAGACAUUGAUGCCACUCUUUGUACUCAUAUUGUUUUUGCUUUUGCUACCAUCAAAGACAACCGACUGGCUGAGUCGGAGGAAAACGACGCUGGCGAUGCCUACACAGAGGGCACUUAUGACCGGAUUAUGAAGUUAAAAGAGAAGAACCCGCUCCUGAAAGUUCUACUGGCCGUGGGGGGUUGGGCGUUUGGCUCGAAACCUUUCCGCGACUUGACUGAGAACGUGUUCAGGAUGAAUGGAUUCGUGUACGACUCCAUUGAGUUCCUGCGGAAAUACGAAUUCGAUGGUAUGGAUAUUGAUUGGGAAUACCCUCGAGGGGCAGAUGAUCGUGCGGCAUUUGUCGCUUUGAUCAAAGAAUUGCGCUUGGCCUUUGAAGGCGAGCACAAGAGUGCCAGAAAGCCCAAGCUCUUGCUCACUGCCGCUGUUCCAGCUAGUUUUGAAGCUAUCGCUGCUGGCUAUGACGUCCCAGAGCUCGCCAAAUAUCUGGAUUACAUCAACGUCAUGACUUAUGACUUCCACGGUCAAUGGGAAGAUACGGUCGGGCACAAUUCGCCCUUAUUUCCCCUCAACUCCGCCUCAUCUUUCCAAAAGAAACUGACUGUGGACUUUGCUGCCAAGGAAUGGGCCCGUCAAGGCGCCCCAAUGGAAAAGCUCAUUAUUGGAAUGCCCGUUUAUGGGCGAACCUUCACGUUAGCCGAUCCUGCCAAGUUUGAUAUUGGAGCGGAAGUGCUGAAAGGUGGGGAGGCUGGUCGUUACACGGGAGAGGAGGGCUUCUUAUCGUACUACGAAAUCUGUGAUUUCUUGCAUGAAGACAACACCACUCUGGUGUGGGAUAACGAGCAGCAGGUACCGUUCGCUUACCGUGGGAACCAAUGGGUGGGUUUCGACGACGAGAGAUCCCUGAAAACUAAAAUCACAUGGCUCAAGACAGAGGGAUUUGGCGGCAUCAUGGUUUGGUCUGUGGACCUUGAUGAUUUCCGUGGCUAUUGUGGAACGGGGAAAUAUCCUUUGCUCAAGGCCAUGAACAAAGAAUUGGAGGAUUACAUGGUCGAGUUGAAAUACAAUGGCCCUUACUCAACCCCUCGUGGUGAUGGAUCGGAACCAAUUGUGGAGCAGAAAUUGUGUGAUGACGAGGGCGGGGCAGUGAGUUUUCACCGAGAUGCCAACGAUUGCAAGAUGUAUUUUGUGUGUCAAGGUACGGUACAACAUCACAAGACCUGUCCCGAUAGUCUUGUAUAUAAUGAAGAUGAAAAAGUGUGCGAUUGGCCCCAGUCAGUUGAGCAAUGUGCUCAUCUCGCAGGUGGAGUUGAAUAAUGUUCAUCGUCAUCAACAACAACAUCGUCUUCACUCU